UAGCUCAAGAAUUGAAAGAACUAACUACGAAUAUAUGCGAAUCAUUUAAGAAUUUCACGAACUGAUAACGAUUCAACUACGAAUCCAAAAAAAUAUCAAUUCGUGGUCUGUGUGGAAUAGUAGUAUUAGUUGACUCCAUGUCUGAUUGUUCAAUGUCAUCUGUCUCCUGGCUACACCGACAGGACCGUAUACGCCAAUACCAUCACAAUCAAUGAACAUACUCAUAUAAAUAGGACGCACGUACCGUCAGCUGCGCAUUGUGAUCACACGCAUUUGGAAAGUACUUCUCCCGUAAACAGAGAGAACCUCCAGUCAAAUACAUGAUCAUGUAUAUGCAAGUUAUCAUUCUUCUCCUCCUGGUCACCUUGACCCAAGGGUCUGUUAGCCGUGGUAUGAUUGAAAAGGAAACAAACAAAUGGGGGACAGAGACUUCAUAUUGUAGUUACCAAGGUAUUAAGUUCCUGCCAGGAUCGACGUGGAAAACAACGGAUUGUAUAAGGUGUUCGUGUGAUGAAGGCGGACUCUCCUGUGCGGGGUUCGGUUAUGCGGGUGGGGCAUUUGGGGCACCUGAAGGCUGUAAGGUUGUCAAUGAUGCAUGUGAGCCUAAAAUGGUGGAUGAAGAGGAUGAGCUGCAGGACUGCACGCCGGGAAACUAAAACUUCUUCAUGUAAAAUGUAAUACUAUCAUGAAGUAGAUAAACCCUAAGAACCGUA